AUGGUUUACGACAACUCCCCUUAAAAUCUCAUCAUUCCCUCUAUAUAAACAACUACAGACCCUUCACUCUCCAAUGUACCAAACUGAUUAAAGAAAACUUCGAAGACAUUCUUCUUUAUUACAAGUUGAGAUGGAAAAGGUUAGGACACUGUUGCUUCUAGUGCUGGUACUUUUCACUACACUAGUGGCCUAUGUUGGUGCCUAUGAAGAGGAAGAAAAUGAGCAAAGAACACAAGGAGAAAAAUGGUUCUUGUUGCGUCACUUACAUAAUGUUGUGAAAACUGACGCUGGGUCGAUGAGAAUGGUGAAGGGUGGCUAUCGUUGGGGUUCAUAUCUUCAUAGUCCAAUGCAUAUUGGUUUCAUCUCCAUGGAACCUAAUAGUCUCUUCAUCCCUCAGUACCUUGAUUCCGAUCUUGUCCUCUUUGUUCACCAUGGGGAAGCGAGAGUUGGACACAUCUAUAGGGAUGAAUUAGCAGAAAGGCAUUUGAAGCAAGGAGAUGUGUACACAAUUCCUGCUGGAUCAGCUUUCUAUUUGGAAAAUGGAGCUGAAGAACAGAGACUUCACAUUAUUUGCAGUAUUGAUAUUACCUCAGAAUCCAUGGGGUGGAAUGCUUUCCAGUCUUACUUCAUUGGUGGUGGAGUUCAUCCAGCAUCCAUUCUUGCUGGAUUCGAUCACAACACAUUAUCAACUGCUCUUAAUGUGUCGACAUCAGAAUUAAAGACAUUAUUGACCAGGCAAUCUUCUGGGCCAAUCGUGCAUUUAUCUAGUUCUCAUGAUCACUCAAACAUUUGGUCCAAAUUCUUGGCCCAAGAAACCCACCAGAAACUAGCUCACUUGAAGAGGAUUGUGAAUUUUGGAGAAGAAUCUAGCCCCAAAGAGGAACAAUCAACGUGGUCAUUGAGGAAAAUUCUAUUUACUCUAUUAAACAGGGAAGACGCAGUCAAGAGAGUGAAUCAUGAAGCUCCAUCAACGUACAAUCUCUACAACAGGAAUCCUGAUUUCCAGAACGACUAUGGAUGGAGCAAGAAGUUGGAUGAGUCUGAUUAUUCUCCUUUAAGAAUAUCCGGCAAUGGCGUCUAUCUUGUCAAUCUAUCUUCGGGAUCCAUGAUGGCGCCUCAUGUUAAUCCAAGAGCAAUAGAGUAUGGAGUAGUGUUGAAAGGGACUGGCAGAGUCCAAAUUGUGUAUCCGAAUGGGACUUUGGCAAUGAACGCCAGAGUACGAGAAGGGGACGUUUUUUGGGUUCCAAGGUACUUCCCUUUCUGCCAAAUUGCUUCAAAUAAUGGGUCAUUUGAGUUCUUCGGCUUCACAACAUCAGCAAGGAGGAACCGUCCACAGUUUUUGGUGGGUCAGAAUUCAUUGAUGCAGAGUUUGAGAGGGCCAGAAUUUGCAGCUGCAUUCGGAAUUGAUCAGAAAAGGCUUGAAACGAUUGCCAACGCACAACGUGAACAAGUUAUCUUGCCCUCAUCAUCGUCAGAUUCUCCUCUGAGGAUGGACAUUGGUUUUUAUUAGUUUAGUGGAAAUUCUAGUGCGUAGCUGGUCUAGUUGAGUUAUGGCAUGAGCUCAAACCCAGCUUUUCGAACUUCGUUUUUCUUUUCCGUUUUCCUUUCAUUUGAUUUGAGUUUUCUUAUUCGUCUUGUGACGCAUUGCCCUUUUGAGUUGUGAAUAAAACGGAUUCUUUUUUUGACAUGAA